GAGUGGAAGUGAAGAAGGUGAGGUCCAAACAAUAACGGUUGGAGAUUCUGACCUUUCACUUGUGCAAGCAAAGCAUAGUAGUAAGCAGUAAGCAGAAGAAGCAGAAGAAGCAGAAGCAAUUUAAGGCAUAGUUUGGAUGUUUCAGUUUUUGGUUUGCCAAAUCUGGUACUCCCCGCAGGCCUAGAGAUCCUCAAAAACCAAACAAACAAACAAACCUCAAAUCCUGGCCGUCCAAAUGAACACCGAAUUGUUCUCAACUGAGUACACGUGCUUCCUAUCAUUCCUUGCAACAACACCCUCUUUGCUUUAACAAACACCACCCUUUUCUUCCAUGCAUGGAAUUCUAGUUCUAAUUCUCCUCCAACUACAACACCACACAACCAUGGUUUGGUUACUUCUUCUAGCACCACUAGCAGCUAUUAGCAACCCCAUUUCUUCAAAAUUUGAUUUUACCUAUUAAAUUUGUUUUCUUAGGGAAUGGAAAUUAAAGGGUAGAGACCCUUCUCUCUGUUCUUGUGCCCUUUUUUUUUUGUUGUUGUUGUGGGUCUGAUCUUGUUGUACUUGUAGCAGAACUGUCACAUCUGAACGCUUUUUGAUUCUCUUCUGUUCUGUUCUGAUCAUCACCUGGUUAAAAACCAAGAAGCUUCGUGAUCUGUUUCUGAACUUGAUCUCAAUUUGUCCCUUUCUUCUCUCUCUCACUCUCUCACACUCUCUCUCAAUCUCGCUCUCUGUCUCUACCCUCUUUAUACUCUGCCUUCAACCGCUUGCUCUGCUUUCAAGGAAUGUGCUUAGUUUUUGUGAGGUAAGUGUUGUGGUUUGCUGAUCUUGAUUUGUUUUGCUGGGUGUAUAAUUGAAUUGAAUCAGAUUCGUAUCAAUCAAUAUCGAUCGAUCAAUGGAGGAGAGGAAGUUUGUGUGCAAGUACUGCAGCAAGAGGUUCCCUUGUGGGAAAUCUCUUGGUGGACACAUCAGGACCCACAUGAUGAGUGAGCAUUCAGCUCAAGCCAAUGAAGCUUCUGCAGAGAGAAGAAGUAAUGCUGCUAUGCUCAAGCUUGAUGCUGCUGAGAGGAAGAGGAAGAGGGAGUCAGGGUAUGGUGGCGGAGGAGGAGGAGGAGGAGAUGACGGCGGCGGCGGAGGAGGUGGUGGUGCUGGUGGGAAUCUCAUGUAUGGGCUGAGGGAGAAUCCCAAGAAAACCACCAGGUUUGUGCAUUCCAAUGCCACUUCCUCGCAAAUGGAGAAGUUCUGCAAAGAAUGUGGGAAAGGUUUUCCAUCAUUGAAAGCUCUAUGUGGUCACAUGGCUUGUCACUCUGAAAAGGACAGAGGAACCAAUCUCAGUGAGAAGCAGAAAUUGGUUAUGGAUACUCAAUCUGAUACUGAAACCUCUGGUCCAACUCAUCCAAGGAGAUCGAAGAGGAUGAGGUUCAACUUCAACAACAACAACAACAACAACAACAACCUCACCAACCACCACCCUUCUUCUUCUCUAGCAAAUGGUUCAUCUUCUGUGUCAGAAGUUGAGCAGGAACAAGAGGAAGUUGCAAGAUGUUUGAUGAUGCUGUCUAAGGAUUCUAGCUACAAGGGUCGUUUUGCUUUGGUUACAGAUUCAUCUGAUAACAAUUCUGUUGUUCUUGAAGCUAAGUCACCUUCUGUUACUUUCAAUUUUGGUAAGAACUUUGUGUCCAAUGCUUAUGAGCUUGUGGAACAGAAGAAGAAGGUGCACAAGGAUACCAAGUUGAAGUCUUCUGCUGAAAUUGGUUAUGAUUCUGAUAAUUCUGAUUCUGGGUAUUUCAGAUAUGGUCCCAAAAAGGUGGACUCAGAUGAAGAAUCAAGUGAUGGGUUUUUCAGGAAUGAAGUUAAGUCCUCUAAAGUUGGAUACUUGUCUGGGUUUGAUGGCUAUGAUGUUGAAUCAAGGAAGAUGAUGAUGCUGAGCAGAGGAAGUAAGAAACUGGUUUUAGAGGAUUUGGACAAUGAACACAGCAAGUUUGGUUCAAGGAAGAGGCUCACCUAUGAUUCUGUUGGUCAAAAGACAGAAGCUUUGGAUCAUGGUGGUGGAAAAGGGUGGAAGAAGAAUCAUGGGUUGUUUACUAAUGAAAGGGACAAUAAUGGGUCUGGCUCUGAAGAUUCUGCAUAUGAGAGUGAUGAAAACAGCACAGACAGUGAUUCUUAUCCUGCUACAAAGCCUCACAAGAACCUGAAUGUGAAGAAAUGCAAUAGCAGCAAGGGGAAGAAGAAAUUGAAGUCAAAGAAAAGCAAGGAACAUGAGUGCCCAAUUUGCAACAAGAUUUUCAGGUCAGGGCAAGCUUUGGGAGGUCACAAAAGAUCCCAUUUUGUUGGAGGUUCUGAAGAGAACACUCUUGUGAUUAGACCAGGUGCUGCUGCAGCUCCUGCUCCUGCUGCUGUUGCUGUUCCUUGCUUAAUUGAUCUUAAUCUUCCUGCUCCUGUUGAUGAAUAGGGAAAUGUUCAUCCUGGUUAUGAAGCAUAAUUUUGAAGUGAAGACUAUUGAGGUAGCUGAAUGAAAAUGUCUGGAAUUCUAAAUUGGUUUUGUCUUUAUGUGAUGAAAGCAAUGACAAUGUACAGACAAGUGGGUAAUUGGUUCUUUUUUUGUUCCUAAAUCCUAAGGUCUUAGAUCCAUUAUUUUGGUAGGAGGUAGCUGUUUUUUCUUUACAUGAGCAUGACAACUUCACUAGUCUCUCAAUUGGAUUUUUUUUCACCUUCCUAUGUUGAAGUAAAGCCAUACUCUUGGAAAUUAUAUUCAUUUGCUGCAAAAGUUUAGUGCUUGUAGCUGGUUCAAUGAGUUUUGUCUUUUGAUGUCAGGGUUUAUUGGCCAAUGUACCUAUGAACCAUGAUAAUCUUGUAGUUAAAUAAUAGUAUUUCAUCUUGAAUCUAGAGUCCAGUUCUCAGUUCCUCUUUUCAUUCUGUGACUUGUCUUAUAGGAGCCGUGUUAUGGAAGAAAGGUCUUGUUUCUCUCUCUCUAAUGGUGAACACUGAACAAUACAUGGCUUUUAGUUACGUGUUGUUCUUAAAUAGUGCCAUGAAAGUGGUUAAAAAAACAAAUUCAUACAUUCUUAUAUCUUGUUUUUAUUCCAUCUCAAUUCCAAUUAUAUAUAUAUAUAUAUAUACAUAUUUUUUAUCACAUCAUA